ACAUCGGGUAGUUAAGCUCCCAAUAACCCGAGUCUCAAGCCUUACCUCAGCCGCAUCACCAUGAAGAUUUCGAUUCUCAGUAUCUUGGCGCUCCUCGUCGUCGGCGCUGCCCUGGCGCAGGACAUCGAGAGGAAGACCGAAGAUUGUGACACGGAGGGCGGCUGUGUGCAGAGGGCCGAAGACGUGGAAAAUGAACUCUCGGCGGCCGAGGAAGAGGACGAGGACAUGGAUGUCGAGAGCCCCCUAGACCUGCUCGACAGAAAGGGCAAGGGCAAAGGCAAGGGUAAAGACAAAGGCAAGGGUAAGGCAAGGGUAAAGGCAAAGGCAAGGGUAAAGGCAAAGGAAAGGGCAAAGGCAAAGGAAAGGGCAAGGGUAAGGGCAAUGGCAAGGGAAAAGACAAUGACAAUGGUAAAGGCAAUGGCAAGGGAAAAGGCAAGGGUAAGGGCAAAGGCAAGGGCAAGGGAAAAGGCAAAGGCAAGGGUAAGGGCGACGGCAAGGGCAAGGACAAGGACGACGACGACUGCGACGACACCCCGAAGCAGUGCAGCAACAAGAACGGCAGGUGCAUGAGCCGCAGGCAGUCCUGCGCCGGCAACACGGACGACUCCGACUGCAGAGGCAACGACCAAACCUGCUGCAUGAAAUACCAGUGCAGCAACACCCCGAAGGAGUGCGAGAGAAACAACGGCAUCUGCAUCAACAGAAUGGACAACUGCGCUGGCAAGACGCAGAAUAAUCUCUGCGAGAACGAGCACUGCACUUGCUGCAAGAAGGACGAGUGCGGCAAGACGUCGUCCAAGUGCUCCAGCAAGAGAGGCAAAUGCAUCAACAUCAUGGACUACUGUGACGGGAAGACAGACAGCGAUCUCUGCGACGGCAACAACUGCACGUGCUGCUACGAUUCCAAAUGAGUCAGGAAAGUUGCUUCUGUCCUCCUCUGUCCCUCUUCCUUUCUCCUUCGUCAACUCCUUCACGAUUCUGCUUGCUGACCAGAGGCUCUUUGUGAAGCGCCAUCUCACUGAAUGCCACUGGGGCGAAAGGGCCCUUGCAGUGACCAGCAUUGUAUUUGUUGCAAUCAACAUGAGUGUUUUACCAUGUUACAAAGGUGCUUGAAGACAACCGGUUUUAUGUAGUAGUGGUUGCUUGUAACUGCAAGGGCUGCAAAAGCCUGCAACAAAGGGAAUUGAAUUUCUGUUCAUAAUUACGUCUUCGUUUCUAAGAGUAUUAAAGAAUGUUGUAGCAA